GGAAAGAAUAGGCAAAACACAGAUCAUAGGUUACAGAGUUUUGGCCAUGAACAUGGUGACCAAAAUGACUACUAAAGCUACAGCUUCCAUUUCCAAAACCCUAGCAGCAAAACUCAACCUUGUUCAUCGGAGUGCCCUCGCCUCCUCUUCAUUACAGCGCAAUCCUCUUCAGUCUGAUUGUAGUUACUUUUCCACAUCCGCCGUUCUUGAUUCGUCUUCUUCUCCAAUUGUCGAGCCUCCGCUACCACCGCCACUCUCAGUUUCUCCACCCCAAGAAAACACGAAAGGUUCAUCAUGGUCAAAAUUUCUCCUUUAUGUCCCUGGCGCGAUCACUUUUGGCCUUGGGACUUGGCAACUCUUCAGAAGGCAAGAAAAGAUCGAAAUGCUUGAAUAUAGUCAGAAAAGAUUAGGAAUGGAGCCGUUGAAUGGCAACCAGUUAUCUCCAUCUGCAGACAGCUUAGAUGAGCUUGAACUUAGAAGAGUUGCUAUCAAAGGUGUUUUUGAUGAUAAGAAUUCUAUUUUUAUUGGACCACGAUCGAGAAGUAUUUCUGGAAUAACUGAAAAUGGUUACUACGUAAUUACUCCUCUCAUGCCAGUACCUGGUUAUCCCGAGAGUUUGCAGUUCCCAGUUCUUGUCAACCGAGGGUGGGUCCCACGUAGUUGGCGAGAGAAACAUCUCGAGGCCCUGGAGCAUGAUGACCAACCAUCAAAUUCCUCCUCCUCCUCUUCUGUCCAAGUUGGUGAAAGAAGUUCAUGGUGGAAGUUAUGGUCAAAGAAACCCAAACUAGUUGAGGAAAAAGUUUCGGUUGUUACACCUGUGGAAGUUGUUGGUGUAGUUCGUGGAAGUGAGAAGCCAAGUAUAUUUGUUCCCGAAAAUGAUCCUAUCUCUUCCCAGUGGUUCUAUGUUGAUGUUCCUUCAAUUAGACGCACGUGUGGAGUUCCUGCAAAUACUGUCUACAUUGAAGAGAUGAAUGAACACGUCAAUCCUAGUAAUCCAUACCCCGUUCCAAAGGAUGUUAAUACAUUUAUCCGGAGCUCAGUAAUGCCACAAGAUCACUUGAAUUACACAUUCACCUGGUAUUCUUUGUCUGCUGCUGUAACAUACAUGGCUUAUAAGAGAACAAUACUGAAAAUGCGACGCAGGUAACAAGGCAAACCGGUUUAUUAGGGAAUUCAUUAUGAUUGCUUGGUUUUGGCUCUCAUCCAUAAAUUUCAGUUCCAAGGAAAUUCCAUUGGGGUUGGUUGACAUUGUCAAAUUUGUAACUUAUUUGAAGCUGAAUAGGAAAUAAUGGUCAUCUGUUUUUGCUUGAGGGGAAUUUGCUUAAUGUCUCAAAAUCUUUGCUUUUCAGUUUUCACAUUAGAAGUUGCUGCUUAUAUAUAUACAUAAGCCAUGUAGAGUAUUUUUUAUGACACUUGAUAAUCAAGGACUUAAUUUUUGGUGA